AGGAAGGAAGGAGGAGAAGGAGGUCCAGAGGCGGGUUGGCUUUGGGCAGGACUUGGUCUAGACACUGCCAGCUGCGAAGGAGAAGCUCCGCCGGGGAAGAGAGAGGAGCAACGUUUCCCCCCUUGAUACCCAAGGGAGGGAGGAAAGCAGGCCAGGAUGAUGGGCAACGUGUCUGAGAGUUGGCUCCACAAACUCAAUGCGAUGCUGAGAGUCUUAAACCAGACACUGCACCAUCAGGAGGCGUGUGCCCAAGGCAUGAAUCACGUGGAGGAAGCAACAGCAGAGGAGAAGGAGACCUACGCCUACAUGUACAUCCUCUUUGUCAUGGUCCUCUUUGCGGUGACUGUGGGGAGCUUGAUCCUGGGAUACACGCAGUCCGGGAAGGAGGUGGACAAGCAGAACGACCCCUACCAUGUUUACAUCAAGAACCGGGUCUCCAUGAUAUGAUCAUGGGAACAUUAGAUGCGCUGCCGGGCAUGAUGUCUUCGUAGCAUCCUUCCACAAUGACUUUUUAGGAACCAAAGAAGCACCCUCCGAUGGGUGCAAGAAGACUUCUUUUCAAAGCCAAAAGCAAAGUGUUUGAAAGAUUGCACUAUGUAUCAUGACUGGGUCAUAAAUGUCAUUUCCUAAUUGGGUUGCUGUGAGUUUUUUGGGCUGCCAGGCCAUGUUCCAGAAGCAUUGUCUCCUGGCGUUUUACCCACAUCUAUGGCAGGCAUCCUCUGAGAUUGAGAGGUGUGGUGGAAGCGAACAUCAGGAGAAAAUGCUACUGGAACAUUGCCAUACAGCCCAGAAAACUCACAGUAACCCAGAAAUUCCAGCCAUGAAAGCCUUCGUCAACACAUUUCCUAAUUGGUUCUGAAAUGGCAGGGAGGAGGUUUCAGGAAAAGAGAUAAAGAGAGGUCCGGAGGUCUGAAAAGCACGGAUUUUAUUUCCAGCUGGGACUCUGGUGAGGAGUUCUGUCCAAAAGCACCAGAGCAAUGAUAUAGGCAUUGACUGUGGCUUUUAUAGUUUCCAAAUGCAAGCAAACAAAGAACAUGCAUCUACAUACAUUGACAUCAUUCACUGCGUCAUCUUAGCAUCAUACAAAUAUCAAGUUCUACCUUCCAUCAUGCAAAAGGCAUGUGUCUGUGUAUUUCUUUCUAGCAGCAGCUUACAUCCAUCAAUCAAGGGGCCUAACUUUGACCUGUCAGGAGGGAGAGGGGGGCUCCUUUUAGAGCCUAGUUGUACCAGCCUGUUGCUCCUAGGACAGGCUUAUCUCUCUCCUGGAAUGUAUAGAUAACAUGCCCCCUCUUCAGCUCCCCUCUUUCUGUGCCUGGACAGCAGCUUGCUUGUCCGUUAGCAUUCUUUCUAUACAGAGAGAACUUGAUUUUUCUAUACAUCACAGUGCUUGUAAAGUACAUACAAUUUAUACAUAAAUCAAUAUCUAUUUUUCCAAUAUCUCCUCAUCAGUUCUAUCAUAAAAACAUGGGAAAAGUUUAUUAAACUGCCCAAACUUUGUUUUUGCUGGAGGGACAUAAUCCUGCUAUAGCACAUUUUGCUCUAAUUUCUCAAUAUCUCACAGAGUCUUAACCAAUUCAACCUAAUUUGCGGCACAAAAAUGAAUUUUCUGGAGUGGGAUAAUGACCUUUAAAGUAAGUACCACACAAUUGAACAGCAAAUACUUUCAAGGCAGGAACAGAUGUAUUUUUUGUCAUGUCAGGAGCCACUUGAG